AUGUUGACGGUUUCGAUCCUGCCUCUGGUAGUGCUGCUGUCCGAGCAGGCACCCCGCGCCUUCGCCGGACCUUCGGACAUCGCUGGUCGAAUGGCGAACGAAACUGGAUGGACUAGAACGGGCUACGGGGCGCUGCUGCGAGAGGACGAGCGAUUCUACACGCUGGAGUACGCAACGACGACCGUACGACCGAAGCGGCAGGCCCACCGGACCUCCAAACUAGCCCGUGAACCCCGAUUCAUCUCCUUCCAAACGACGGACAGCAGCAUCGAUGUGGAGCUGAAUUUCGCGAUCCCGUUCAUGUCGAUACCGGUGCAGAAGUCGAUGAAUGGUUUGGUGGAUUCCGUGCUUAAGGUAAGCAACACUGGGUCGAGCAAUGGCCGCCACCAGGGGUACAGUUACAGUGGCAGUGGCAGUAGCAACAGAAUUCUGCGCGGGGCAAUGGAUUGCAGAUGCACAUCAUCGGUGUCUCUGGCUCUGCCGGUGGUCUCGGACAUGCGUGUAAUGACCCCAUACAUUCCGGUCUCAUUGGCAGGGUACACCGUUGGUGAACGUGAACAUCGGGGCGGUGGCGGUGGCCGGUGUGCUGACGCUUGGUGGCGCCCUGAUCGGUGCGGCCGCCCGUACCUUUUCCAACGGCACCCAAUCGUUCUGGCCCACUAUGCUGACGGCGGGUGGCUGGCGUCAGGCGGCGCAACGAACCACUGA